AUGGGUUCUUGCAAACCCCAACAGGAACAUGUUCAUGGGCCUAUCAUCAUAGGUGCCGGGCCUUCGGGCCUAGCCGUGGCUGCGUGUCUCUCAGAGCACAAAGUCCCUUUCGUGAUUCUUGAGAGAAGCAAUUGCAUAGUUUCUCUUUGGCAAGACAAAACCUACAACCGUCUCAAACUCCACCUCCCAAAGCAGUUUUGUGAGCUUCCCUUGAAGGGUUUUCCCCACACUUUCCCCAAGUACCCCACCAAGUACCAGUUUAUAUCCUACAUGGAGUCCUAUGCCUCACACUUCAACAUCCACCCCAGGUUCAACCAAACUGUGGAGAGUGCUGAGUUUGAUAAAGGCUCACAGCUUUGGGUGGUUAGGACUCAGGAGUGUGAGCUUGUGUCUCGCUGGCUUGUGGUGGCCACUGGUGAGAAUGCUGAGCCUGUGGUUCCUAGAAUUCAUGGGAUGGAGCACUUUUCUGGCUCCAUUGCUCACACUAGUGUCUACAAGUCUGGCUCUGAGUACAGAAACCAGAAGGUUUUGGUCAUUGGGUGUGGCAAUUCAGGAAUGGAAGUUAGCUUGGACCUUUGUAGAUACAAUGCCUCACCUUACAUGGUUGCAAGGAAUACAGUGCAUGUUCUUCCUAGAGAGAUGUUUGGCUUCUCAACUUUUGGCAUAGCCAUGGCACUCUUCAAGUGGUUUCCGAUCAAGAUAGUAGACAAAAUCCUCUUGCUUGUGACCAACUUCAUGUUGGGAAACACCAAUCACUAUGGCAUCAAAAGGCCCAAAACAGGCCCAAUAGAGCUGAAACUAGCCACAGGGAGAACCCCAGUCCUUGAUGUGGGUCAAGUGGCACAAAUCAAAUGUGGGAACAUAAAGGUGAUGGAGGGUGUGAAGGAGAUAACAAGAAAUGGAGCCAAAUUUAUGGAUGGACAAGAAAAGGAAUUCGAUGCUAUAAUCUUGGCAACAGGGUACAAGAGCAACGUGCCUACUUGGCUCAAGGGGUGUGAUUUUUUCACGGAGGAUGGAAUGCCGAAAACGCCCUUUCCCCAUGGAUGGAAAGGGGAGCAGGGAUUGUAUACGGUGGGGUUCACGAGAAGAGGUAUUCAAGGAACGUCCUGUGAUGCAAUCAAGAUCGCUGAAGACAUAGCCGCACAGUGGAGAACCGCAGAGAACAAGAAGCAAUGCAAUUCCCAUAUCAUCCUUCUCACUUCAUAG